AUUUAAAUAAAGCAACUUUUUCUGUGCAUUCUAGAAAUCUGCUAGAUUCUACAGGGUUUGUCGUUGUGUGUUGCAGACGACAACGACGGCGGCAGCUAUGGCGGAGGAACGAGUCGAGUUGAGGCUGUACAAUUCGAUGACUAGAGAGAAGGACAUUUUCAACACCAAAGUACCUGGCAAGGUUUCCAUGUAUGUCUGUGGAAUCACUGCCUAUGACUACAGUCAUCUCGGUCACGCACGUGCUGCUGUUUCUUUCGAUAUCCUCUAUAGGCACCUUAAACAUUUGGGCUAUGAGGUGACAUAUGUGCGGAAUUUUACUGAUGUUGAUGACAAGAUAAUUGAUAAAGCCAAUGAGACUGGUGAGGACCCCUUGGCGUUAAGCAACCGUUUUUGCGAUGAAUAUAAUGUGGAUAUGUCGGAUCUUCUGUGCGAGAGACCGUCUAAGGAGCCCCGUGUUUCUGACCACAUUGAUGAGAUAAAGGACAUGAUAACCAAGAUUAUCAACAACGACUAUGCAUAUGUGGUAGACGGAGAUGUUUUCUAUUCUGUUGAAAAAUUCCCAAACUAUGGCAUGCUGUCGGGGCAAAGGGUAGAACAUAAUAAAGCUGGUAAACGAGUUGCUGUCGACUCAAGAAAGCGUCACCCAGCUGAUUUUGCUUUGUGGAAGGCUGCUAAGCCUGGUGAGCCCAGCUGGGACAGUCCUUGGGGUCCUGGAAGGCCUGGAUGGCACAUUGAAUGUAGUGCAAUGAGUGCUUGUUAUGUAUCUCAUAAAUUUGAUAUUCAUGGUGGUGGAAUUGAUUUGAUAUUUCCUCAUCAUGAAAAUGAGAUUGCACAAAGCUGGGCUGCAGACAGAGAGAGCCAUAUCAGUUAUUGGUUGCACAACGGGCAUGUGACCAAUAACAAUGAGAAGAUGUCGAAAUCCUUGGGAAAUUUUUUCACUAUUCGCCAGAUCACUGAGCGUUACCAUCCACUUGCUUUGAGACACUUCUUGAUUGGUGCUCAUUACAGAUCUCCGCUAAACUACUCCAUUGCAAAGCUGGAGACUUCAUCUGAUGCUGUUUAUUAUAUAUUUCAGACUCUUGAAGAUUGUAAAGAUGCUCUGUCAUCAUUUCUACAAGAGGAUACUGAGAAGAAAGAAAAGGCGCCUAAAAUUAAUGAUGCUGCCAAGGAGUGUAUUAAGAAGUUGAAUGUCGAGUUUCAAACAAAAAUGUCAGAUGACUUGCAGACACCAGUAAUACUAACCGGUGCUCUCCAAGAGGCCUUGAAAUUCAUGAACAGUUCUUCGAAGAUGCUGAAGAAAAAGAUGCAGAAAAAAACACAAUUGCAAUUGGUUCAAUCUCUAUUGGAAGUUGAGAAAGAAGUUAGAAAAGUUUUGAAUGUACUAGGAUUAUUGUCCUCUUUGUCCUAUGCCGAGGUUCUGCAGCAGUUCAAAGAAAAGGCAUUGAAGAGAGCAGGCUUGACAGAAGAUGAAGUGCUAAAUCUGAUUGAAGAAAGAAGGCAAGCUAGGAUUAAUAAGGAUUUUGCCAAGAGUGAUGAAGUUAGAACUGGUUUAACUGAAAAGGGUAUUGCACUUAUGGAUGUCGGCAACGAAACAAUUUGGAGGCCAUGCAUUCCAAGUGAACCACCGCGCACCGGAUUUAUUUAUUAUUAUUUCAAGGCAAUUUGUACUUUUAUUUAUAAAUUGAUUAAACUAUUUAUUUAAAAAAGUGCAAAUCCCAUACAGAAACCACCGGCACUGCCGCUUUUCUUUA